GCUUCGAAUCGAAAUCAAACCAAAGAAACAAAACAACACGUUCUUGUAACAUUGUCAAAGACUCGUUUGGGACCAAAAAAAUCGACAAAAUGCCAUCGAUCUGAACUCUGAACCCAGAGCGUCCAAUUCAAAACUCUUUUCACCUUUUCUUCCAUUCUAUGCUUUUGAAUCGCCACGACGUGACAUGAUCCUUCUCUCUUCCUUUUCAUUUGCACUUCCACUGUUGUUUCCCACUUUCAUUUCAAGGUCAACGGUCUUGGUCUUGGUAUUUUCGUGACUCAAUUGCUUACAAGUUUAUCCUUUUCCUGGUAAACUCUCCAAUGGGUCGGAGGAACGAUGGACUCAACUCUGUUCUCGCUCACCGUUUGAUACUCCUCUUCGUGUGUUUGGCUUCGGGCGGUUUGGUCUACGCGCUUCUCUCUGCGGUGCUCGCAAAUGGCAGAAGCAGAGUUUCAGACUUUGGGAGGCUGGUUGAUGAGGGUAUGGCGGUGCAGAAUGAGGGAGGGUGCUGUAGGGGGAUUGAGAAUUUGGAGCUUUGGGGUUCAGCUGUGAAGUGGGGUUCUGAGUUUAAGUUCAACAAUUCUGAAGGAUGCUGCAACGCGUGCAAAUCAAUGUGUUCAGGAAAAGAUGGACCUUGUCUCUGUGAUACUUGGGUCUUUUGUGGGGAUCGUAAGGCCUGUGGAUCCAAGUUCGGUGAGUGUUGGUUGAAGAAACAGAAGGACAGCUUGGCACCUGAACGGCAAGAAGGAGUGCCUCCAGGGGAAGUGGUUGGUUGGACUUCUGGUCUUAUUUUUGGGAAAGGAGAGGGUAUUAUUGGACUGGAAACUGAACAUGGAACUCUUCAUAUUAAACUUUUACCUGACUGUGCUCCACACUCCGUUUCCUACAUUCUGGAAUUGUUGUCUUUGCACCAUUGUGCUGGCUGCCAAUUUUACCGUGCAGAGAGCCGAGGUCAAUCAUGGGAUUCAGAAGGAAACCAUAUAGAAAAUGCUGGCUUUGGUCCACCUUAUGCAUUAAUUCAAGGGACACUAGAAGCACAAGGCACAGCUUUCAAUAAACUUCCUGUGGAAGAUUGUCCAACCCUUAGAAGGGGUUCUGUUGCUUGGAUUGGUUCUGGUCCUGAAUUCUUCGUUAGCCUUGCUGAUCAUUCAGAGUGGAAACAUGAAUACACUGUAUUUGGUUCUGUUCUUCCAGAAGACAUGCAUAUUGCAGAGAAAAUCUCUACACUCCCCACAAUAGCUGAUGUGUGGAACAAUGUCAACGUGACGGUUUUGAAAAAACCUGUUCCUCUGUUGGUCCGUAGAAUCCAGAAAAGCCACGUAGAUGAAAUUUGAAACAAGCUGUGCAUCAAUGUAGAUUGCAAUUCUUUUUUGUUCCAAAGCUUAUAGUUAAAGUUUGCAUUAACUUUUGUUCUGUCUAAACUUUUUCUUCAUUUUAUCAUUAUUACUCCUUUUUUUA